ACCUUCCUUUAACAAAAGAGAAUGUCCACGGCGGCCAAUUCAACCGGCCAUUGAUUGGAAACCCCCCAUCGAGUCCUUACGUGACUAAAGCGAGGGAUUUGAACUUGGCGGCUGUUGCCAGGUCGGCCCCUUCCCCCAGCGACGCACAAUCAGCACACGGGGACUUGACAGCUGUUGGCGAGGACGAGGAACCUGUGACCUGUGACUUGUUCUUCGCUCUCUCACGCACUCCUGCACUAUGUCAUCCUCCGAGGAAGUGGAAUAUAAGGCCGGACAUCCUCCCGCAAUGAAAGUUGCUGGUGUCCGCCAUCCCCCAAGACGGAAGAGUGCAGAGGAGAGGCCUCGCAGGGACAGUGAUAAGGAUGUGGAGCAGAUUGUAGCAAGGAGCCCCCUGAAGCCUCCGACUACAGUUGCACCUGUGUUAGGGAACUUGGAAAAAGACUACCCAAUAGCAGCUGUGAAACACACACAUGAAAAACCUGUGCCAACACACACUCCCCGUAAUACUGCAAAUGUUGCCCCAAUUAUCCAGCAGCCAAGGAAGUAGAAAGUAGUUUUAUGAUGGAGCUAUGUGCAUCCAAGCCAUCCUAGAUUAUUCUCCUCAUUUCAGGUGGUCUGAGUGCUGUAAACCUGUAUUCAGGGCUCAAAUGAUAAACUACAGGGAUUUUUUUUUUCUUUUUCUUUUUUUAUUCAUGAUAUUGGGUAUAGAACAGUCUUGGGUAAAUAGGUGAUACAAUAGUUUUGAUUUUAAUUUAUAUCUCCAAGUGUAAGAGAAAAUUCUCUCAUUCGCUCAAAUAAUCAGGAUAAUGUGAUAUAUUAGUAUCAGAUAGAGCUUAGAAAUGGAGAUUUUUCUGUGUGACUGAAAAUUGUUAGGUGCUGUAAGAAAUAUGGGUUAUCAUAAUAGAAAGUGAUGUACUUAUAAAUGUGGUGGUAUAAUGUGACUACAAGUACAAACAGUUGUGGGUUUGUGAUAUAUAGAACUUUUACAUAAAGAAAAAAUUCAUGGGAUAAUGAAACUUUUCCACUUCUAGUUCUCACUAUCAUUAUUUGUUUUUUCCUUCUCUUUCCCAAGAGAAGGAAAAAAUGUCUUGAUUUUCAUAUUACAUCUUUAUUUAAUCAUCAUCAGCAGGAGGAACAACUUACUCAAACAAGAAAGCAAGCCUGCCCCCUUUUAUCCAACAAGCACAAAUAAUAGAACUUGGUGUGUGUGGAUAGAUUAAGAAGUGAUUUAAAACUGAUUGGGUUGUAUGUAACUCAGGCAAGCUCUUAAGGAAGACUUAUGUUGAUCCUUUUAAAUGCUGGCUUUAUAGAGCAUCUUUCUAUUUUCUUUCCUUUUCUCUGUUCAUUAUAUUGGAUAUAAAUUUUCAUCUGAUAUCAUUGAUUAUACAACAUUUCAGUACAAUAGGUGAGAGGUACAUGUUAAAAUUUUUACGUAAUUUCAGGUUCGAAAACUGUUAUAAAUUAUCCAAAGUUUAGCAUAUUGCUGUGAUAUUAAUAGUACCCAAUAUCUUGUUUUUUUUUGUGAUGUUAAAUGCCAGUCUGACUUGAAGGAGAUAGCAACAUCAGUAAAUAUUUUUUUUAAAGAAGUGACCAAGCACUAGCAAAGAACAUUUUUUCUGAAACAUCCCUGUAUAAAGUAUUUCUUUUGUUCAUGUUCAUCAAAUUUAGGCAUUUGUAUUUUGUUCAUUUUAAAGAUAUCUACAAUUUCUUAACGGCAGUAAGUUUUGAUCUACUUUCAUAGGGUUAGGUAUGGUGAGGAUGUCAUUAUGAAGAGUUAACUGUUUUUUAAGAAACUAUAUCACCAGAGUACAAUGAAAGGGACCAGGUUCCAAGUACUGAGAAGCUACAUCUUGUGUGCUGAAAAUUACUUGCUGCCCAAUUCUUUGGUUGUUUGUAAACCUGAAGGAACACACUCGUGUACCUGUGUAUGUGCAUUUCUGCAUAUGCAUGCAGUUUUUGUACACUCAUCAUACAUGAAGUGCAUAACUGAAAGGAACUAAUGUGUGUAAUAGUUAUAUAUUUUUGAACUGUUGUUUUCAAUUGUUUAUUGAAAUUUAUUUUUGUUGAACUACUAGGGAAGAAGGAAGUGUGUGGUAAUUAUACAUGGUGACAUGUAUGAGGGAGUUUGUCGUGUUAAAAAAAUUAUCAAAGUGUUGUAAAAAAAAAAACUAAAAAAAAAAACAACUAAAA